AUGGCUGCGCCCAUGAAAGAAAGUAAUAUAUUUACGCGAGACCUUGAGAGAAAUGAUGACAAAGUUUUAAAACUGAAACAAUAUGAAACUGGUGACGUUGGAUGUGUAGUUUGGGACGCCGCGAUUGUGUUGGCCAAGUACUUUGAGGCUGCGGAUUUUCAGUAUGGACGGUUUUGGAAAGGGAAAAAAGUAUUGGAACUAGGUUCUGGAACGGGCGCUGUGGGGCUGCUUACAGCUAGUUACGGGGCCUCAACAAUUAUAACCGACCUGCAAGACUUUGUUCCACUUAUGAAUAUGAACAUUGAGACCAACAAAGAAACAUUUCCUGACAUGGACAUCAAAGCAUGUGAGCUUAAGUGGGAAACCAGCAUUGAUAGUCAACAGUUUAGCAAUAUUGAUGUUGUAGUUGUUGCUGAUUGUAUUUAUUAUGCAGAGUCUCUUAAACCCCUUGUUCAAACAAUUGAAGAUUUGUGUUCUAGCGGCACUUGUGUUUACUGCUGUUACGAAGAAAGAACCACUGACAAUAAGCCAGAAUUGCAAAGGAAAUUUCUUGAGCUUGUCGGUGAAAGGUUUACUGUUGAGAAGAUUCCUUUGGAAAGACAAGACUCCCAGUUUUCAAGUGAUGAUAUUCAUAUUCUACGGUUUUGCAAAAAAGACAAAACAUGAAACAUUUACACUUGAACUUCCAGUUUAUCAGCAAUGAAAGUAAUAUUCCAUGGUUUUGCUAACAUGAACCAUUUAAACAACUACUGGGUAGUGUAUCAGCGAUGAUAUUACCGUAAUGUCUUGUGACUGUGCGAACAGGAUGAAAAAAUAAAAAUGUUAGUGGUCAACAUUUUAUUUUGACCAAUGUGAAAGCAGUAUUUCUAAAGUUUUCCAAUACAUUUAUUGCAGUAAAUCAGCAGUCAGCCGUCAUUGAAUCCCCCCCAUCCUCCAACUUCGUUCAAGAGUACUUUUUAUAUAUCAAUAUAGAAGAAAACAGUUGCACCAUUUCGGACUACCAAUUGUUUAAAUUUUCUUGGGGGAUAUUUUAGCACUUUUAUCUUCUGUAUGGAAACAAAAAGUACACUUGGAUAAAUUAAGGGGGGGGACACACGCAGGGUACGCCCGCCCCCCCCCCCCCCCCCCUUAAUUCGUCCAAGUGUACUUUUUGUUUCCAUACAGAAGAUAAAAGUGCUAAAAAACACACCAAAAAUGCACCAUUUCGGACAGGAAUGGUUAAAGUUUUCUCAGGGGAUUACCCCCAACGCCCAUACCAAUACUUUGAAUCAAAUCAAAUUCAUUUCUGAGGGAAGGACGCAAGUCAAAAGGUUACGCCUAAGUUACCCUCCCGCCCAUUCUAAAUGGAAAUGUAUCCUUGGGUUUACAUGGAUCUAAAUUGGAAGCUGAACAUUAAACUUUAAUCCACUGUUAUACCAUGUUAACCAUGACAUUUUACUGUUAAAUAAAUGUUUUAAUCCAA